AUGGAGGAGGAAUUAAGACCUUAUAAUGUCACCCAAGUGCCUCCAGUAAUCGAGACCGAAGACAUCCAGUUGGAAAAAUAUACAAUAGAAAAGGAAAAUCAGGGGUCAGAACUUGAUGUGCGAAUAGGUAAUGUUCUUGAAGAAGCGCUGCAUGUUACCAAUAUCAAAGUCUAUUUUGUCAAGUUAUGGCCAAAUUUGGAAGCCAGAAUCAGAGAGGCUGAAAAGCUCAUCGAAAAGUUUAACCAAGAUCUUUCUGACAUCUCCAGGAAAUUGGAAGAAAGAACGCGCAAUCAAAGAGAACUGAUUUAUAGGCUUAAAUGGCUUAACUAUGACGAUGAACGUUAUAGAGUGAGUCUGACCCUCAAGAGAGAGGAAUUGAAUUGUCUUCAACUCACUCUGGACAAGUUAUGUUUCGCAAAUAAUGCAUACCGAGUGAGACCCAUCAAAUCGCGUGCUUCGAAAGGAGGAGAGCUUGAUAUCCAUAAAUUGCAUUUUCGGGUGCUGCAUGGAAGGAACAAUUUGGCUGUGGAAAAGCAACUAAUAAAAGAAAUAAAUGGAAGCCAACAGAAAACUAUCAGUUCAUCAUGUUUCCCAUUGAAGGAGCUUAAAGAUGCUAUAUUCGCGUUUCAUUGCAAUGAACGGUGGACGUUGGGGUGGCCGUCCAGGGAACCCAAAGGGGAUCGUGCAGAGCAGAUCGAAAGUGAAAGAAAGGAGCUUUUUUGUUUGAAAGAGAGAGCCAUUGCCAAUGCUCCUGUCAAAGGAAAACUUUGGAAUUCUCUGGGUUCAAAACAAGCCAUACAAGAUCAAGUUAAUGUUAGACGUACGGAAUUAAAUGAGGCAAAGAAAAACUUAUUGCCUGUCAGGGCUAAAGCCAAGCAUGCUCAGAAAGAACUGGAGAAAAUUGAAAAAGAUAUAGAACUUGGCACGGAAGGCUCAGGUUAUUACCAAUACCAGUCUCUAAUUGAAAAUGGCAGAAAGCUUACUAGAAAGAAAGAUGUAGCUGCCCUUGAGGAAUUGUCCCGAGAACAGGUGGAUAGAUUUACGUCCCAAUGGAAUUCCAAUAAAGCUUUCAGGAAUGAAUACGAAAAAAGAUUUUAUCAUCACUUAGACGGUCUACAACCGAGUGAGGAACAACAGAUGAGGAACUCUGGAAUGAAACCACUUGUUUCAGAUGGUCUGGAAAACAUCAAAACAGAGCAAUGA